AUGGCCCCCAAGCUCAAAAUCGCAGCCAUCCAGGCGGAGCCGGUCUGGCAAGACCUCGAGGGCGGCGUCACCAAGUCCAUCACCCUCAUCGAGGAGGCCGCCAAGCAGGGCGCCAACGUCGUUGGAUUUCCCGAAGUCUUCAUCCCCGGAUAUCCAUGGAGCAUCUGGGCUAAGUCCCCGACGGACAACGCGACCUUCAUGGACGAAUACUUCCGCAACUCUCUCGUAAAGGACUCGGACGAGAUGAGGCGCAUCUGCGCCGCCGUCAAGGAGGCUAAGGUCUUCGUCGUGCUCGGCUACAGCGAGCGCUUCAAGAACACCCUGUACAUCGCCCAGUCCUUCAUCGACGAGAACGGCGUCAUCGUCCACCACCGCCGCAAGAUCAAGCCUACGCACGUCGAGCGCGCAUACUGGGGUGACGGUCAGGGCGAGUCCCUCCAGACCGUUGCGCCCAGCACCCUCUACCCGUCCGUCAAGAUUGGCGGGCUCAACUGCUGGGAGCACACGCAAACGCUCCUCCGGUAUUACGAGUACGAGCAGAACGUCGAUUUGCACGUCUCCAGCUGGCCAGUCAUUUGGCCGCACCCAACCAACAAGGACGGCGAGCGGGACCCGGACUGGCCGGGCCACAUAUCGGACGAGAUGAGCUUGCGAUUCUCGCAAAUUGUCGCGCUCGAGGGUGCGUGCUUCGUCAUGGUCUGCACGCAAGUCGUCAGCGAGGAAUCCAAGAAGAAGUGCCGCAUCGACGAGUUCGGUUACGCUAACAGCACGCCGGGCGACGGCGGCGGCUUCAGUAUGAUUUAUUCCCCUUGGGGCGAGGAGCUCGUCAAACGGCCUCCGCCGGGGGAAGAGUGUAUCCUAUAUGCUGACGUCGACCUGGCCGAAAAGACCAAAGCCAAGCAGAACCUGGAUAUCGUCGGACACUAUUGCCGGCCUGACCAGCUGAGCUUGCGCGUGAACAAGUAUCCUGCGCGUCCAGUCUUCUACGCGGCUGAGCCCUGA